GAACACCAAUACAAAUUCAAAGGACAGGUAAAGUAGCCGGGUCAAGAAGUUUCGGCGACUCUAUCAAGAGGCACAUUUUCAACAAAGGUUUACUCAACAAGACACCAAAGAAGGGCUCUGGGUCCAACAUUAACACGGUAGAAGAGAAAACCAAAGGAAAACUUCGUUUCACAGACGAUAGCAAAGUCGAUGUUUCUCAUAAAAACAUUGUAUUAAAGAAUUUAGCUAACAAAAUCGCUAGUUCCGAGUCUUUAGAUGACAAUGAGGAGUAUGAAUCAGACGCUAGUAACGAGAGUACAUUGUCAGAAGGCGCAUUGAAUAAAUCUCGUAAACUGAGCCCGAAAUUCGUGUCCGAACCGAAUUUAAGCGUCCUUGAAAAUGAAGAAACUCCAAAAAAUACAAAGAAACGCACAAGACUGUUCCGUUCAAAGAUAAUGUCACAAACAUUGAACAAAAAGUACCAAAAAAGGAGUACAAUCAUUCGUGGAACACCCACAUCUUGUGUUUCCUGCUUCGAUGAACAAGACACUGGGUCAGAAACCGAUGUUACUUACCCCGAAGAUGUCCCGGGCACUUCAACAACACCAAAGAAACUUAAACACGAGGAGAUAGAGUCGAAAAUCCAAUAUUUAACAAGCACCCCGGGGAUGUCGGAGGUGGUUUUAAGCGAAGAAUGCCAUACGCCAUACACAAUUAAUUUUAGAAGAGCCUCGAUGUCUCCUAUAACGAAAUCCACGCAGAAACUUUCGAAGGCAAUGCAGGAGUCGAUAAUGACACCGCGUUCUCGAAAACCCUUAAUAAUAACUUCCGAGCAACGCGACAGCCUUCCUGAGACCAACGAAAAAGACAAAUCGGUAGCUGAAUCUGAUAUUUACCAAUCAAUGUCGCCGAAGAACGACAGUGACUUCGUGUCUUCUGAAGACGAUAUGCUAUCCAGAUCUUCGUUUUCUUGUGAGAGGUCACACCACUCGACAAACACAUCUUUACCUCGAACAAAAACGCCGUUGGACGCCCGCUCAAUUUCGGUCACCGAUGCCAGUCCACUCCGUUCAGAAAACACACGUUUCAUUAUCAGUCACGAACGACCAAACUUCAUCGAAGACGAGCUAAACACAACUCUAUGUGGCAGCGACUUAGUACCAAAUUUCAAAAUCUCCCACGAAAUGACUAACCGAACGAAAUCUUUAACAGAACCGUUCAGAGAUUAUCUAUUGAGUCGAUCGGUCCUUACCGCAACGCCUAUAGAUUUGUCUAUAUUGAACAAAUCUAACGAUAUAGAGGAAAAAUUAAGUGACUCGCUAAUGUAUUGUCUUGAUGGAAAUGUGCCUUCAGAUUUGACAUCUUCAAUAAGCAACUUAGCGGUAGAUAAAGACGCUAGCAAUAUAUCUCUACGAUCACCUUUAAAAACUAUAAACAAUUUUAAUAUAGAAAAUAGUCCUAGCAGAAAACGAUGUGCAUCAAUUUCGAAGGACAUUACGGAAACCAAAAAAAUAAUGGUUGAAAAGGAGAAUGAGGAACAACCAUUUGAAAUACGAGAGACGGAUCUUUAGUUUUUGUUAUCGUUUUUUUUUAACAAAAGACGCCUAUCAAAAUAUAUGCUUUUAGCAUAAGAGAUCGGCGAUAUUGCAUAAACAACGAUGUAAGAAGUAUUCUGUCACGUGCAACGCAAUUUCUGUAUCCAGCGCAAGCACCCAUGUAUGCUGCGUUAAGAACAAUAAGAAGAACGGGAAGUGUACUUUCAGACUUUUUUUAUCCGUAAAUCCGUUCUAAAUAUGUUAUCGGCGGCGUGUCGAUAUAAUAGGUUCUAUCGUGUGCGUGAAGGCACUUAGCGCUUCAAACGAAGCGUCAGUGAUUCUCCGACAGAUUGUCAGUACUAUGCCCUACGGAAAUGGUAAUUGUAGGAUCACUAACGCUGCGUAUGUGAGAAAUAUUUGUAUAGAACAUUAUGCUUGCUUUCUGUCGCGUAAUCACCGCCAAAACAAGCAUAUAUUUCCAAAGCACUGUGGCAAGUUACUCAUCAUGGCCGUUUGGCGAUAAAAACACGAUUAAACUUUUUCAUUCAAACGAUGCGGAAGUAUGGGAACGUAUCCCAUUCUCAUCGCGCUUUUUGUGUGGACAAACCUUGCAGUCGUUAAGUGCGUCUUGAAUCUAUUCACCAUGCCGCAGCUGUAUGUUGCAAAUGACGUUAAAUGUGUCUGUGUGAUUAUGCCGGCCACAUACAGUCGGAAUCAAAAGCAAAACCAUAUAAAUCACGGACUUAUCACAGACACAGUAUUCCGUUCGAUUUUUUUCCGAUUUGAAAUUCCGUAGGGUGAUUCCGUAGGGUCCGAAUUUCGAAUCGGAAAUACUGUACGGAAAAAGCCGUUCCGAAUGCAAGUCUUCCAUAGAUUUUGUAACUUGAUUUUGUCGUCACAGUCUUAAAUUCUGUACGUAUUUUCGCUGCGAGAACAUCUGGACUCAUUGCCUCGUGUCUUUCAUCCUGAGUCUUGUUAUUCCGAACGGACAUAAACGUAUGUGUGUGAUAUAUAUACGGAAUCUCGAAACGGAAUUCCUGUAAGUGGCGGACAUAAUCGCCGAGCGCCCAAACGGUGCUCGAAGUGUAGUGGGUAUUAAUUCUCUUGCUAUCAUGUCGCCAGCGUGAAAGGUUGCCAUACAAAUAUUGUUACGCGUGGUUUGUUGCCCUGAGUUGUUAGCGUAUGUAUCGAUGACGCACGUGGACCGAAACCGGAUUGACAGAAAAAGAGCACUGCCAGAUAAACGAUUGAAUAAUGAUUUUCCAUGUGAUCUUAACAGUAUUUUGUUUCUUUUUCUUAAGAGUGAAAUUGAGACAGUAUUGUCUAACUUUUUACUUUUAGUAUAAUCUCAUAAGUGCCUAGAUUAUAACGAAUACUACGAUUGUAUAGUAAAAAAAUGUGAUACGUCGAUUUUAUUUAUAAUAUAUCGACGAUUUUUCACAUACAAUCGUUUUUUUUUUUCGAUAAACAAGCUUUGUGACAUAGCUGAGCAUAAUGUUAUUUUUAUAAUAAUUGUAAUUC